AUGUUCAGCCCAAAAGCGGAUGCUUUCCGCGGCUCUGACGGCGCACGUGCAAUGAACGUCGUGGAGGCCCUUCAGGAGUUCUGGCAGAUGAAGCAGUCGCGUGGAGCUGAUCUGAAGAACGGAGCCCUCGUGGUGUACGAGAUGGUCCCCUCCAACAGCCCCCCGUACGUCUGCUACGUCACCUUGCCGGGAGGGAGCUGCUUCGGCAGUUUCCAGUUCUGUCCCACCAAGGCUGAAGCCCGCAGGAGUGCUGCGAAGAUUGCGCUAAUGAACUCGGUCUUUAACGAGCAUCCCUCCCGGAGGAUCACGGAUGAGUUCAUCGAGAAGAGUGUUUCGGAGGCCCUGGCGUCGUUCAACGGCAAUCGAGAGGAAGCUGAUAAUCCCAACACCGGGAUCGGUGCUUUCCGCUUCAUGCUGGAAUCCAACAAGGGAAAAUCAAUGCUGGAGUUCCAGGAGCUGAUGACCGUCUUCCAGCUGUUGCAUUGGAACGGCAGCCUCAAAGCCAUGCGAGAGCGGCAGUGCUCCCGGCAGGAGGUCCUGGCUCACUACUCCCACCGCGCUCUGGACGACGACAUAAGGAACCAGAUGGCCAUGGACUGGGUGAACAGGGAGCAGAAUAGCCCGGGAGCCCUUUCCAGAGAGCUGGCUUCCACGGAGAGAGAGCUGGACGAAGCCCGCCUGGCUGGGAAGGAGCUGCGUUUCCAUAAGGAGAAGAAAGACAUCCUGAUGCUGGCCGCUGGCCAGCUGGGGAGUGAACCGGAGCGCAGCUCCAGCCCCCAGCAGCAAAAGCUCAGCCUAAGCAGCCUCUCGCACAGCGUGUUUGGCCGUAGAGGCAGGCGGAUAUUCGAGCAAUAG